AUGACCGGUUUUAUUUCUAAGCUGGAGAAUGCUGCUAGAUGGCUCCCUGCGGGGAUGUCUUCUGAAGAACGGAGUCUUGUUCACAAGCUAGAUUUGCUUAUCCUACCAUACGCUUGUCUGUCGUUUUUCGUCAAAUAUCUCGACAUUUCAGCACUGACCAAUGCCUAUGUCUCUGGAAUGAAAGAGGACCUCGACUUAUAUGGAAAUAGGUUGAAUUAUAUCAAUGCGGCUUAUGAGGUCGGAUAUGUCAUUUUUCAGAUUCCUAGUAACCUGGUGCUUAUCAAGUACCCAGCACAGUACUAUCUUCCAGCGGCGGAGAUAUUUUGGGGCAUGUUUACACUCGGAACCGGAUUUGUGAAAAACUAUGAACAACUCGUGGUCAUGCGCUUCUUCGUCGGACUGAGUGCAACAUCCUGCUAUGUUGGUUUAGUUCACGUCGUCAACUCGUGGUAUAAAAAGAGGGAGCUGGGACGUCGCAAUGCUCUGUUCUGGAUUGCUAACCCCUUGGGUCAAAUGGUUGCUGGAUAUCUUCAGGCAGCGGCCUAUACAAAUUUAAACAACCACCGUGGGCUUCAAGGCUGGAGAUGGCUUUUUAUCAUCUGUACUGUCAUCACGAUACCGGUCGCGAUCCUAGGCUUCUUUAUAUUUCCCGAUAUGCCCGAUCGUACCAAAUCAAGAUAUCUCAGUGAGGAAGAAAAAGCUCUGGCCCGGAAAAGACUGGUCGAUGAAGGCUUUAAACCAUCCACAGGAUUGAAGAAGGAUCUUUUCAAGCGUGUUCUCGUAUCAUGGCGUUUCUAUGCAUUCGUCCUGACAUUGGUAAUAUUCUGCCAGAUGACUUAUGCCGAGGCCACGCCGUUUAUACUCUGGCUCGACUCUCAGCCAGAGAAAUAUCCGAUCGCUUUAGUGAAUAACUUAUCUACUAUGACAAACGGCGCCGCAGCUGCUGGCGCCUUGAUCAUGAGUUUCUAUUCUGAUAUUCGUGGGUCAAGAUUAGAGCCGAUUAUUCUUUCGGGGGUACUUUGCAUAUUCGCAAACUUGGUUCUUUCGAUCUGGAAUAUUCCAGAUGGCCUCAAGUUUUUCGCUUUCAUUUCAGUCGGGUGGUCAUACGGAACAAUCCCAGUGCUCAUAACGUGGACAGCGGAAGGCUUGGCGAAUGAUUUAGAACUGAGAGCAGUUUCAUUUGCAACAUACAAUACCGUCGCGGAGAUAUGUGGCUUAGUGAUACCGCUUGUGGCAUGGCCAGUAUCUAAAGCACCGAAAUUUCGUGGCGGUUUUAUUUGGGCAACUUGUAUCAGUUUCCUGUAUCUUUUCACUGUUUCAUUGACAAUCUUCAAGUUAAGGCGUUCUAGGAAGAACAAAGCCAGUACGGAGCUGCAGAAUGGCAUAGACUCUGGAGAGGUGGACUCCGAGGUCGGAACCAGUACGAUUGGGGUUGAAACGACGGUCGCCACGACAAAGGAUGCGAAUGCCUAA